AUGGCGAGCCGAGCACUCAGCAGCCGACGCACGCUGGGCCUCGUCCGCCGCGCCUCCUCGAUGGCCGGGCCGCUCGCGGAAUCUCUUGAGCGCCUCAAGCAGACCGACCCGAACGCGGUCCUCCAGCUCCCCUUCUGGCCCAGCCACGCCCAGCCCGGCUUCAUCGCCAUCAGGACCUUCCUUGCCGGCAUGGACUGCAUCCAGCUCACCGAGGUCAAGUGGAUGGGGAUGGCCUCGCUGAGGCUCCACUGGUGGAGGGACGCCAUCGACAGCUGCUAUGGCUCCCAGGAUCAUCGCAAGAAGCUUCCCGAUCAUCAUCUCAUCCAGGGCCUCAGGCCGCUCAUCAAGCAGCACAAACUUUCCAAGUACUACUUCACCCGGAUCAUCGAGGCCUCCUGGUCCCAUUGCUGCCACCCACGCUUCGCCGAUCUCUCAGCCCUGGUCAAAUAUUCACGCUCGACCACCUAUGCGGGGCUUUCUUUACUGGCCCAGCUGCUCACGAGCAGCGAGCCGGCCUGGCGGGGGGAUGUGUCGCUGAGGACGAUCGAUCACAGUCUGACGCAUCUGGCGACCUUCCUGACAAUCAUCCGGCUGCUCGAGCGGAUGCCACACUAUGUCGACAACCACAAUACCCACAUCGUGCCCUCCGAGCUGCUCGAAUGUCCUGACGAGGCCCUCAUCAAAUUCUUCGCCGACCGCUACUCCCCAGCCCCCCUGGAUGACAGCCGCGGCCAGCUCCCCGCUCGAUCCCUCCUCAAUCUCGUCUUCCUCGCCUGGUCCGAACUUGUCGCCGCCAGAGAAGUCAUCACCCUCGACCCCUCCCAUCGCCACUCCUCCACCUCCGACUUCAGGUCACACAAAAACGCCUCACGCAUCGAGAGCCACAUCUUCUCCGGCCGGCCCCAUCUGCCCACAGUGACCAUCCCACCCGGCCUCGUCCCUCUCUUCCUCGCCGCCACUCCGGCGAGAAGCCAAUUAUCAAAGAUCUCCAAGAUCAUCCUCACCUCCAGUGACAUGGUCAACAAGCGCAGGCAGAAUAGGACGACUGAUUUGGCCAAUUGGGUGGCCCAGAAGCCCAACUGGACCGCCCCCUUCAAGCUCUGGUUCAACUACUACUUCAACAAGCUCUAG